AUGCCAAACGAACUGGACAAUUUCUGGUACGAUCUGCAUGCGGGGGUUUCCUUUUGCGACCUUGUCUUCAAAGUUCAAACCUACCAUUGUGGUGGGAUCACCACGAACAGACUGUUUAUAACUGGUCCUCGUCAUUCUUCCAGCUUCAAUUCUACUCUGUGGUAUGCAUCAUUCUCACAAGUCAAGUACCCGUUUAUUUUUUUGUUAUUUUUGAAAGCUUACAGAGCUCAGAUAAAACACACACAAGUAUUCAUCGCACCAUCUCGUUCUAUUUCAUCUCUCUUUAUUGUUAUACUUCUUCCCCCUCCCUUAUUUUUCGUAGCAUUUCGCUCCCUUUUCUCUUUCUCCCUCUCUCUCUCAUUCUUGUCUCUCUGCACAGACACGCAGUCAUCGACGACAACGCUUCUAUUUAUUUAUUUUUUUUUUUUAGCGACCAACAUGGCAAGCACUAAAUGUGCCUAUUGUGAUUUUGAAUUUGAUAAUUCUCGCUACAUCCACUGCACCGAAUGUCCAUCGUUUGACCUGUGUCUUGUAUGUUUCUCCAACGGUGCUGAGAUAGGCAAUCAUCACAAAGACCACAGUUACCGGAUCAUCCACCAGAACUCGAAGAUCGCGCAUGUCUUCGAGACGACCAAACCUUGGAGCAUAGCAGAAGAAACGAUGUUGCUUGAUGCCGUAGAACAGUACGGUUUCGGAAAUUGGGAAGAUGUUGCAAAUCACGUCAACAGUCGAACAACUGCCGAGUGUCAAGACCACUUCGUUACUUUCUAUAUCCACGGAAAUGUUGGCGCCGUUUGUUUUCCUGAUGACAAUUCGAGAUCUAAUUACCGACCAAUAGCCGACAGUACCCCUCCUGUCAGAAGUGGCCGGACAAGUGGAACAAACAGCGAGACAGGGUCAGGCAACGGCGGUGACAACGCUGGUUUGACUAAUGGAACAGCUGCGCCAACGGUUGAUUUGUCCGCAUCUGAACAGAAAGACCUUGGCUACAUGAUGUUUCGCGGUGAUUUUGAAAGGGAAUAUGACAACGAAGCGGAAAGUGUUAUUAGUUCUCUUGCAAUCAAUUACGACGACGAGGAAAUGGACAUCCUGUUCAAGCUGUCUCAGGUGGACCGCUAUCGAUACCGUCUUUCCGAUCGCGAACAAAGAAAGGUUCUGGCACGUGAAUUUGGUCUUUUGUCGUCUGCAACCAUUUUCACGUCCAGCACCAGUGGCGGUAAACCAAAGUCACAGCAGACCAAGAAGACUAAAUCCUCGUCGUCGGGAUCAUCAUCGCCAAAAGACGACAAGGAGAUCGUGGAGAAGUUGCGUGUGUUUGCACGCUUCCUUUCGUUUAAGGAUCACAAACAGUAUUGCGACAACCUGCAACGCGAAAAGGACUUGCGCAGCCAAAUCAAAGAUCUUGCACGAUAUCGUCGUAAUGGACUCACUAAAACCGAUGAGGUGGAUGCUUUCGAGGACCACAAGAACAAGAAGGAACGGCGUGCGGACCGAAAUAAAAAGACGUCCAAUUCUUCAUCUACAAACAAGCGCUCAACCUCGUCAUCCCUAUCAUCUUCGGCAGUUUCUAAAAAGAACGAAGGCAAAACAGAGAUCGAUGACAACGACGAUGAAAACAUGGAUGAUGAUGAAAAUGAUAACAAAGAUAUGUCAUCCUUACCUAACUUUGAGCAACUCUCAAGAAUGGAUAAUUAUUCAGAUCCCGCAAAUGAUUCCCUGACUACUAAUUGUGAAGCCACCCCCCUUUUUUUUUCUCUCUCUCUCUCUACCUGUACAGUUUGA